CUCGUCUCUUCCUUCCUCAUUCUUCUUCUUCAGCUUCGGCUUUUCUUCACCGCAGAUCGACGCUGGGGCUGAGUGUGUGUGCGCACCGUGACGACGGAGGAGCCCGAUUGUCGCCUCCACCAAGCUGAAGGAUCACGACACCUAAGCUCGCCCCUACUGCUGCAGCAGCCUCAUUGAUUAAAACCAAAACAUAGUUAGUCAACAUGGAUGCCGCAAAUUCCGCCGAGCUGCAGCAAUUUCUUGAGCAAGAGAAACAAAAAGCUGUGCUCAAUGAGCUCGUGGGCAAGUUGACCGAUGUCUGCUGGGACAAAUGUAUUACAUCCACUCCAGGAAGCAAAUUCAGUUCCAGUGAAUCUUCUUGUCUUGCCAAUUGUGCACAACGAUUCUUGGAGACUAGUAGCUUAAUCCUCCGUCGAUUUCAGAGUUUACAACCGUGACUGAGCUGGAUCUAUAGCAAUUUGGAGCUGGGCGGUUUUUGAGCAUUCCUUUGGGGUUGAGGAAGGUUAGUGGUUAUGUGAAGGUUACGUGAAUGACCACAGGAUGACUCAUUCUUUUGCAUCUAGGUGUUCGUGUUAUUUUUCUUCGGUGGAGCUGGGUUUCCACCCCACAUUUCACUUAUUCUAAAGUAUUUAUAACAACCACUGGAUUUUGAAACAAGUUUUAAUCAUUUCCCGUCUGCGUUGACAUUUCCAAACUUCUUUUCAUAGAGAGGUAUUGGAAGCAGCGGUUGUUUGAUGAGGUCGAAUGAGAUUUACUUCAAGCGGGUCA